AUGUCUCUGGGGCCGGGCUGGCUGCGAGGUGAGCAGCCCCGUGGCACGCUGACGUGUCUCCUGCCGCAGUGGAAGAGCGGGCAGCUGGUGCAGCUGGGCUGGACGGCCAGCGAGGACCUGCUCUGCAUCCAGGAUGACGGCACCGUUCUCAUCUACAACCUCUUCUGCGAGUUCAAGCGCCACUUCAGCAUGGGCAACGAGGUGCUGCAGAACCACGUGCUGGAGGCCAAGGUUUUCCACACGGAGUACGGCACCGGCGUGGCCAUCCUCACUGGGGCACACCGCUUCUCCCUCGCCACCAACAUCGACGACCUGAAGCUGCGCAGGAUGCCCGAGGUUCCCGGUUUGCAGAAGCCGCCCUCGUGCUGGGCCGUGCUGUCCCAGGACAGAGUCACCAUCGUCCUGCUGGCGGUGGGGCAGGAGCUCUACCUCCUGGACAACACCUCCUGCUCCGUGGUGUCUCAGCCUCACCACCACCACUGGUGUGGUCGCUCCAGCACAGGGGCCUCGCACGUCACGAUUCCACCCUGCAGAUACCCCACGUUGCGGGGCUCGUGCUGCUCUCUCCCACCACAGGAGAAGUUCUGCGAGUUCACCAGCAGCGUCCGAUCUCCGCCCAAGCAGAUGGUUUGGUGCCUGCGUCCCCGGAGCCGGCAGCGUGCUGUGGUGGUGGCCUGGGACCGGCAGCUGAUGGUGGUGGGGAACUCCACGGAGUGCAUCCAAUUUGUCCUGGAUGAGGAUUCCUACCUGGUGCCGGAGCUGGACGGGGUCCGGAUCUUGUCUCGCACCUCCCAUGAGUUCUUGCACGAGAUCCCAGAAGCCAGCCAGGAGAUCUUCAAGAUCGCCUCCAUGGCCCCGGGGGCUCUGCUGCUGGAAGCACAGAAGGAGUACGAGAAGGAGAGCCAGAAGGCAGACGAGUACCUGCGGGAGAUCAAGGACCAGAAGCUGCUCCCAGAGGCGGUGAGCCAGUGCAUCGAGGCAGCCGGCUACGAGCACGAGCCCGACACCCAGAAGUCGCUGCUGAGGGCAGCCUCCUUCGGGAAGUGCUUCAUCGACAAGUUCCCCCCGGAGAGCUUCGUGCGCAUGUGCCAGGACCUGCGGGUGCUCAACGCCAUCCGGGACUACCAGAUCGGCAUCCCCCUCACCUUCACCCAGUAUCCUCUGUGCAGGGACCCUGCGGCGGGCGUGGGAUCAGGCCCAGGUGGGAUCGGUGUUGUUGGGGGUCUGGCUGCCCCAGAGGUGGAGAGACGUCCCUGAUCCAACAUUGGGGAG